AUGUCUCCGUUUCAUAAGCUCAAGGUGGUGGAGAAUUGCCGGGUUGCAGCGGCGGCCAGCAGCUCCCCAACUCUCUGCGCCUCCAUUCCUCUCACCUACUUCGACCUCCUCUUCCUUAACUUCCCUCCAGUUCAACGCCUCUUCUUCUACGACCUCCCUGUCACAAAAUCGCACUUCCUCGACUCCGAGCUCCCCAACCUUAAGCACUCCCUGUCUCUAGCGCUCCGCCGCUUCUACCCCCUCGCCGGCUCACUCAUAUUUCCGGCGGAAGAAAAGUCACCUGAAAUCCUAUGUUCAGAUUCAGAUUCCAUCUCCCUCACCGUCGCCGUAAGCAGCGACGACUUCCAGGAACUCUCAGCCAACCACGCUCGCGCUGCCGAGCGCUUUCGCCCUCUCCUCCAACCGCUGCCGGCGGCAGCUCUUCUCUCCGUUCAGGUGACACUGUUUGCCAAAGCCGGCAUUGUCAUCGGCACCACCGUCCACCACGCCGCCGCCGACGGCUCCUCCUACACCCAUUUCAUGGAAACCUGGGCGCUAAUCGCCAAAGUAGGCUCCGACCAACCACCACUCUCCCUUCUCCCGCCACCACUCUUCCACCGCACACUAAUCUCUGACGCCAAAGACCUAACAACCACUUUCCUCAAAGACAUUGAGAAUCUCAAAAGCGACGACAGCUUAGACAAAUGGGAUAUCUCAACCCGGCCCAAUUUGGUGCGCGCGACCUUCGUUCUCGGGCCCGACGAACUCCACCGACUUGGCCAACGCACGGCGACUAAAUGCUCGCCGUUCGCGUUGGCUUGCGGGCUUGUGUGGGCAAGCCUCGCGCGUGCGAGAGGCGGGACGAGUGCGAAGAAAGAGAGGUUCGGGUUCGUAACGGGCUGCCGGGCGCGGCUACGGCCCGCGGUCCCAAACGCGUAUUUCGGAAACUGUUUGGGGAUAUGUUGUGUCGAGAUCAAGAGGGAGGAGUUGAUCGGAAGAAGGGGCGCGGCGGCGGGGGCGGAGGCGAUAUGGGUGGUGAUAAAGGGGUUGGAAAAGGGGGUUUUUGAAGGGGCGGAGAGGUGGAUCAGAGCUGUAAGGGAGUAUGCGGCGAGCAGGGCUCUGACGGUGGCCGGCUCACCGAAAUUGGGGAUAUAUGGGGUGGAUUUUGGGUGGGGGAGGCCGAGGAAGGUGGAGUUGGUGUCGGUGGAGAGGACGGGGGCGAUGUCGUUGGCGGAGAGUCGAGAGGUGGAGGGUGGACUAGAGAUUGGGAUAGCGUUGCCGGCGAAUGAAAUGGAGGAUUUUGUCGCUUGUUUUGUCGCUGGUGUUGCGGAAGAUGAAUGAUAUUUAUGCCGGCGAUCGCAGGCGUAGAUACGGUCGUUUUCCCGUUUAUUCUUUUGGAUCGCUUUUUAUUAUUUUUUUAUCAAAUUUAUGUGUAAUCAAAAUAUUUAAAUUUACAUCUUCUUUCACCUGUCAACUUCAUUAAGGAUCUCAUCGGAUCGUCACUAAUCCUCCUCCUGCAA